AUGGGCUUCCUCUUCUCUCUUGUGGAUGUAAUUCAGGGCAGCAGCUGUUAUGGUAGACAGGUUGCACCAGGCUUCAGCAGUCCUGGCGUAGAACCAGCAACCAUAAAUCUAAUUUAUGAACUCUAUGACGACAAUCUCCGCUGUGGAAGAGGGGCCACGAUGACGGGACAUGGUGUUGAAACGCUGGCUGCCAGCGCUGGAGAUGAGAUUGGGUUUGUUCCUACUCAGACGGUUGACGGCAAAGACGUGAGUGCCAAAAAAUCACCCUGUUCAUCCUUGGACGUCUACUUUUACCAUCCUGGAUUCGCGCAAGCUUACCUCUCGCGAGCACCGGCGGACUUAGAAUCGUACACUGGGGAUGGCGAUUGGUUCAAGGUUGCGUACAUGGGCACGAAAAAUGAUACUGAAUGGGCAAUCCUAGGUCAUACCAUGGCGAAUUUUACACUUCCUAAGACGACACCGCUUGGAAAAUACCUCCUUCGUUUCGAGGUAAUCUUCGGAAUCACGCACGAAUUCAACGUCACUCGAUUUUACAUCAAUUGUGCACACAUCGAAGUCAAUGGCCCUGGUGGUGGUAAGACGUCUCGUGCUGUCGACUUGGCCGGGUUAAUCUUCGCUCAGGAAAGCCUGGCCCAAUGGUCAAAUUCCCGGGUGCGUACGACGUCCGAGAUCACGGUACGUUUGACGACUAAAAAGUAG